AUGGAGGGCGGUGCCUCCCUCGAGCCCGAGACCACCGAAGUGCUGCCCCAGCACAAGUUCGACACCAGGUCCCUGGAGGCCUAUCUAAACCAGCACUUGCCUGGCUUUGGGGCCGAGCCAGAGGCCCACCUGACCGUUGCUCAAUACAGAUCAGGACAGUCCAAUCCAACCUUUUAUCUCCAGAAGGGCUAUCAAGCAUAUGUACUCAGAAAAAAACCAUCUGGAUCACUUCUUCCUAAAGCACAUAAGAUUGAUAGAGAAUUUAAAGUCCAGAAAGCUUUGUUUUCAAUUGGAUUCCCCGUUCCCAAGCCUUUAUUGUACUGCAGUGAUGCUUCUAUCAUUGGAACAGAAUUUUACAUGAUGGAACAUGUGCAGGGUCGAAUCUUUCGUGAUUUUACAAUUCCUGGAGUUAGCCCAGCAGAACGCUCAGCCAUAUAUGUGGCCAUGAUAGAAACCUUGGCUCGGUUACAUUCCUUGAAUGUACAGUCGUUGCAGCUGGAAGGAUAUGGUAGAGGUGCUGGGUACUGCAAAAGACAGGUAUCAACCUGGAUAGAACAAUAUAAAGCUGCAGCUCAUCAGGACAUCCUUGCUAUGAACCAGCUAUUUCACUGGCUAAUGAAAAACUUGCCAGAUAAUGACAAUGAAGAAAAUUUGAUUCAUGGAGACUACAAACUAGAUAACAUAGUUUUCCACCCUACAGAGUCUCGAGUUAUAGCUAUACUGGAUUGGGAGCUUUCAACCAUUGGUCAUCCUUUGUCAGACUUAGCUCAUCUCUCCGUGUUCUACUUUUGGCCAAGGACAGUUCCAAUGAUAAAUCAAAGUUCUUAUUUUCAAGAAAACAUAGGGAUACCAUCAAUGGAAGAAAUGAUUUCAAUAUAUUGCCGCUGCAGAGGAAUUAAUUCUAUUCUUCCUAACUGGAAUUUCUUUAUUGCCCUGACAUAUUUUAAAAUGGCUAGCAUAGCACAGGGAGUAUAUCGUAGAUAUCUUCAGGGAAAUAAUGCAUCUGAGAAUAGCUUUCUGUUUGCCAAGAUUGUGCAACCUCUGGCAGAAACUGGAUUACAACUCUCAAAACGGAUUUUUGGUACUACGCCACCACAGAUUGAUACUUCCCAGCAGUUUUUUGUACAGAGUAAGACAGGCCAGGAAGUUCUUAUUAGGAUGAAGCAUUUCAUGAAACAACACAUCCUUCCAGCUGAAAAAGAGGUAAUUGAGUUCUAUGUUCAAAAUGAAAAUUCAGUGGACAGAUGGAAAAAACCUUUAGUGAUUGAUAAACUCAAGGAAAUGGCCAAAGCAGAAGACCUCUGGAACUUGUUUUUGCCAGCUGUAAGCGGUCUCAGCCAGGUGGACUAUGCUUUGAUUGCUGAAGAAACAGGAAAAUGCUUUUUUGCUCCAGAUGUCUUUAACUGCCAAGCACCAGACACAGGGAACAUGGAGGUGCUCCACCUAUAUGGAAGUGAAAAGCAGAAGCAGCAGUGGCUUGAGCCUCUUCUUCAAGGAAACAUUACAUCCUGCUUCUGUAUGACAGAGCCCGAUGUAGCUUCAAGUGAUGCCACAAAUAUUGAAUGUAGCAUCCAACAAGACGGAGAUAGCUAUGUAAUUAAUGGCAAGAAAUGGUGGAGCAGUGGAGCUGGGAAUCCAAAGUGCACAAUCGCAAUUGUUUUGGGAAGAACUAAAAAUACCUCUGCAGCCAGACACAAACAACACACCAUGGUUCUUGUUCCUAUCAACACACCUGGAGUAGAAAUAAUAAGGCCUUUGUCAGUUUUUGGCUAUAUGGAUUAUUUACAUGGAGGACAUUUUGAGAUCCAUUUUAAUCAAGUACGAGUUCCUGCCACCAAUAUAAUAUUAGGUGUAGGCAGGGGAUUUGAAAUCGCCCAAGGCCGCCUUGGACCUGGUAGAAUCCACCACUGUAUGAGAAUAGUAGGUCUGGCAGAACGUGCUUUGCAGAUCAUGUGUGAACGGGCAACAAAAAGGGUGGCCUUUAACAAGAAACUGUUUUCACAUGAGGUUGUGGCUCACUGGAUUGCUAAAAGCCGCAUUGCCAUUGAGAAGAUACGUUUGUUGACCCUGAAAGCUGCCCACAGCAUUGACACUGUAGGCAGCACUGGUGCUAAGAAGGAGAUUGCAAUGAUUAAAGUGGCUGCCCCUCGGGCCGUCUGCAAAAUUAUUGACCGGGCGAUCCAAGUGUGUGGAGGCGCAGGUGUUUCCCAGGACUACCCUCUGGCUACCAUGUAUGCCCUAACACGAGCUCUGCGCAUAGCAGAUGGGCCCGAUGAAGUCCACCUCUCCGCGAUCGCGGCACUGGAGCUGCGGGACCAGGCCAGAGACCUGAGGUCCAAGGUGUAG